GGGGUGUGGCCUUUAUCGGCCGCUGCCAUUGGAUGGCGCAAGGCCGGUCGAGGGGGAGUGGGGAGAGAGAGAGCGAGCGAGAGGGGAGGACAGUGGCGACGGCUGAGGCCGGCCCGGCGCGAGGGCAUGGCGCGAGGACAUGGCGCGUGGGGAUUACAAGCUUGGUACAGGAGCCCUGGUGGCAAAGUGUGUUAAAGCACUGAGCUGCUGAACUUGCAGACCGAAAGGUUGCAGGUUCAAAUCCCGGGAGCGGAGUGAGCGCCCGCUGUUAGCUCCAGCUUCUCCCAACCUAGCAGUUUGAAAACAUACAAAUGAGUCCCAGAAGAUGCAGCAUCAACUAUGGAUCCCCUGGAGUAAACAUUAGGAAUGACAUCCGUAAAGUACCAUACUACUUUUCAUCUUGCUUUGUGAGAGACUCUCUGUAACCUUUGAAUGGACAUUUCGAAAGAGGAUCCCUUGUCAUCAUGAAGUUGAAACAACGCGUGGUGCUUUUGGCAAUCCUCCUCGUCAUCUUCAUUUUCACCAAGGUUUUCCUCAUAGAUAACUUGGAUACGUCGGCAGCUAACCGUGAGGAUCAGCGUGCCUUCCACCGUAUGAUGGCAAGCCUGCGGGUGGAACUGGAUCCCCGACUUGACCACACCUUGCAAUCUCCCUGGGAGAUCGCCGCUCAGUGGGUGGUGCCGCGUGAAGUAUAUCCAGAAGAGACUCCAGAAUUAGGGGCAGUGAUGCAUGCCAUGGCUACAAAAAAGAUAAUAAAAGCAGAUGUGGGCUACAAAGGCACCCAGCUGAAGGCAUUACUCAUACUGGAAGGUGGACAAAAAGUAGUCUUCAAACCGAAGCGAUAUGCCAGAGACUAUGUAGUAGAAGGAGAGCCGUAUGCUGGGUAUGACAGACACAAUGCAGAGGUGGCAGCAUUCCAUUUGGACAGAAUUUUAGGUUUCCGACGAGCCCCACUGGUGGUUGGUAGAUUUGUUAAUCUCCGUACAGAGAUCAAACCUGUUGCCACAGAACAGCUGCUCAGUACCUUUCUCACAUUAGGGAAUAAUAUUUGCUUCUAUGGGAAGUGCUACUAUUGCCGGGAAACAGAACCAGCCUGUGCUGAGGGUGACAUCAUGGAGGGAUCAGUCACAUUGUGGUUGCCAGAUGUUUGGCCACUCCAGAAGCAUCGGCACCCAUGGGGCAGGACAUACAGGGAAGGCAAACUUGCCAGGUGGGAAUAUGAUGAGAGCUACUGUGAUGCUGUAAAGAAGACCUCACCAUAUGACUCCGGGCCACGACUCCUUGAUGUCAUAGAUACAGCCAUCUUUGAUUAUUUGAUUGGGAAUGCUGAUCGGCAUCAUUAUGAAAGCUUUCAGGAUGAUGAAGGGGCCAGUAUGCUUAUUCUUCUUGACAAUGCCAAAAGUUUUGGCAACCCUUCACUGGAUGAGAGAAGCAUUCUUGCACCUCUUUAUCAAUGUUGCAUUGUCCGAGUCUCUACGUGGAAUAGGCUCAACUACCUGAAGAAUGGAGUGUUAAAAUCUGCCUUAAAAACUGCCAUGUCACACGAUCCUCUCUCUCCUGUGCUCUCUGCCCCUCAUAUGGAUGCCCUGGACCAACGGCUCUUGAACAUCUUGUCUACAGUAAAGCAGUGUACAGAGCAGUUUGGACCAGACAUCGUGCUGGUGGAAGAUAGAAUGACACUUUCCCAUUUGUAGCUUUAACAAACGUUGGUUGGAUUCUUUGAAAGAAAAAAAGAACAAUUAGAAAAACAGCACAAUUGGCUCUGCAUGGCUACGAACAAGACGGAUUGGGACUGCAACACCAACCAGAUUUGUGCACUCAAGAAGAAAGCAUCAGUAGUUUGAACAUUCUGCUGAAGACAAGGAACUUGCUCUCAGGUCGCCCAAUAUCAUUUUUUGGGAUGUCCAUUGCUGGCAGUGGAUGUUGCACUGAAAACUCUCCUGGGAUGCCUUGAGAAGAAAUGGGAAUUGGGGCGUUAAUAUAUACCGGUUCUUGAAAAGAGCCAUAGGUCCCUCAAUUCUUUCGAAUAUAUUAAUUUAGUACACUUCAGGUUUGUAAAAUGAUAGGCUAUCACAAGGCAUCCAUGCUGGCUACCUAAAGAGAGAGAGCAGCAGGGCAGAUAUGGCUGCUGAAGAUAUCUCUUGGUGUCUGUCCUGACAUACAUAUCCGAAGCAUUUUGUCUGGAAUUUUCUCAAGAGCCAAAUGAAGGAGCAUACAAUUUCCUGUGUUGACUCAAUUAUAAAAUGUGAGGGGGGAAAACUGUUUAGGUUGUUCUUGAAAUCUGUAACCCAUUGACGAGAUUCGGAUUUGCAUGAUGCUGCAAAGACACUUAUCAGUCAUGGAAGUUAGAAACUACUAGUCAAGCCUGUGCUCCCAUAUUCAAGGUUCUUGCUGCCUUGAUAAAUAAUACUCUUUGAUUUUUUUUACAAAAAAAUAUGCAGAUACAAUUGAAACAAAUCAUUCUAAAAAGUGGGAAGGAUCAGGAUGAUUCAUCAUAUCUUCUCAUUUCUGAUAGCUUUUCAUGGGACAAAUGGGUUUUCUUGCUGAAAUUAGCAGGAAUUUAAAUUAGACAAAUGCUACUACGGUCUGAAGAAUGGGGAAUUUGAUAUGUCAAGUCUUGAGGUAAUCACAGGUAACAUGGUAGAAGGUACCACAUGUGGCAUUCAGUCAUUUUUCAGGGCUGAGCUGAACCCCAAGGUUUUCAGCAGUCUCUUUAAACUGGUGUGUCUUUCUCCUUUUAAACACAAGUUGUGAUCCAAUGGUUUCAUGACCAUUAUCCUGGAAAUGUAGCUUGUAUUUGUAGCUUCAGGACAUUUAGAUGUCUCUUCUUUGAUAGUCCUGAGGAUUCCCCCUCUGCCAUAUUUAAGGAACUCCGUGAAACCUUAUUUCUGUGUGUCUAUCUUGACAUGUAGUGUCCAGACGUAUUAUCACCAAACUUGGUCAGAGAACUCAGCACUUUUUUUAACCAAUUAAUAUUCCUGAAAUCAGUAUAUGGGUUGCCAGUUAGGAAGAACCUAAAGACCAGGCUGAAGGGUUUGAGCAAAAGAUGCAACAUAGUUAAAUUUGCAGAUUAGGCACUUGGAGCACACAGACAAGAAGGAAAAUAGGGAUUUAUUAAACUUCCAGUAAUUUUCCCAUAUCUGGAGCAUUUUAAGACAGUUAUCCAAGUUACAAGUUGGCCUAAAGAAGUUAACUCCAAACCAUAUCUGCAGCAAGCUGUCUGCUUGGACAAAAAACAAUUCACCAGUUUGUUGAUUCAGGUAGGCAUCUUGAAUUGUAAUAAGAGGCAUCAGUUAACAGUUGUUAAUAUAAAGUUCACUGGAGCGUAACAUGAAAAUAUUGGGUCCAGUGCUAAGGUAAAAUAUUUUUGACAUAUCAAAAGUCUGCUUGUGACAAUUACUCUUGUGUUCAGAAGUGGAAUAGAUGCUGUUACUGGUGGAAAUAUCUUGCAACUUUGUUAAGAUUCUCUGAAUGCCCCCAUAUUUCCUUUGUCUUUAUGCAAUCAGGCAGCUGCAUGCCAUUACGAAACAACUUGAUGCAAUGUGGUUAACGGAUGCAUAUUUCUGUGCUAUGUGACACAGAAUUCGUUUUGGAGCUCUGAAGUAUUUGGAAGAGGUUACUCUUGUCUGAACUGAUAAAGAAGCUGAACGAAACCAUAUAAGCUUCAAUGUUGGCAUCUAAUGAACUGGAACUGGAAUGGUCACAAUUAAAAAAAUAAGAAACUAACUUAUUACAAAGAUAACUUAUUUGUGUGGCAGCUGAAGCAGAAGACUUGAUAAUUACACUUCUUGGAGCUACCAGGCGGGUGUCUUUGGAAUGUAAGCUAUUGAGAGAAGAGAAAACAAUGUAAUAUCAGCUGUGUCAUAUGUUUCCCUAAGGUUGGAAUCUGAAUUUUAAAAAGUAUUACAUGAAUAAAGAAUUUAAUUUAAAAAAUA